GAUUUGAGUGCUUUCAUAUGAAAAAUUUAAGUUUUGUCGUUAAUGCAUUUCACAUUUUUUCAGAUAUGGAAAUUGCCAGUGGCUCUGUUCAUACUCCUUCAAGGAAGAUGUCCUUGCGUCGCAAGAGGUCCAUCAAAACAGAAGGAGCUGGAGGAUCUCCAGCACAUAAGAAAACUUCUCCUGUAUCAACAAGAAAUGCUGUGAAGACUAAUUUUGCAGACAAUAAAUCAGCAUCAGAUGCUUUGAAGAGGGGGUUCUUAAGUGUGAAAACAGACAAGAUUGCUGUAGAAAGUGAAAGUGCAGAUGGAGAUGCAUCUGGUGAUACUGACCUGUCCCAAGUUUAUCAUACACGGCGAAAUAUUAACCUUCAGGCUACAACCUUUCUACCUGGUUUCACAACUCCAAAGAAUCGAAGCAAUAGACGAAGAACAGGAAGCACCGAGAAAAAAAGUUUUGAAGAUAGUCGAACAGAGGAACUGGAAGAACAGCGUUUACAUCAGCACUCUCCAGACACACCGUUCAUGAGUAGCCAGUUAUGCGGUACUCAGGAAUGUGAAGUUGUAUGGGAUUGCAAUUCUCCAGGUUUUUCCAAAGAUGAUUUAAAACGAAUGUGUCGAGAUACUGGAAGCGAUGAAAAUACAUCACCCGCAGUGCCAGAAUUUGUUGCUCCCAUGCCAACUCGAGCAUUGUUUACAAGAAAUCGAUCACGUCACUGCAGUAACAUUUCGGCAAUUGACACAACUGCCCAAUUAGAUGAACUUUUAAAUCAACUGUCUGCCAAAGGUAGCCUGUCCAAAGACAGCCAGUCUGUUGUAUCCAGUUCAAGGCAAGAAGGUGAUCGUGAGAGUACAUCAUCUACAGAUAAUGCGAUGAUUUCUCACACUCCUCCAGCAGAUAAGGACUCUCAACCAGCUACGCCACCUGUUCCUUUCAACCUUAUCUCAGAAGCGUCGUCAGAACCGUUUGAAGUGUGGGAUGAAAGUCAAGUUGUGAUAGGUGGCCAUGUAGAAGUUUCUGCAAGUGAAAAUAAAGCAGAUAUUGAAAUCCUAGAAGAGACUACCUGGGAUGAUGAUCUUAAUAUGGCAGUGUGUGAUAUAAGUAGUCAAGACAUUAUGGGUGACUCUCCAAAUAAAUCUGCCAAAAGCAAAUCUCAGUCCUGUAACAUUUCCAAAGACGUCAGUAAAAUCAAGAACAACGAUUCUUUAGAUGUGUUUGACGACGAUUAUUUUAAUGACACUUUGAUAGAAUCAACUCAGAUUUGGGAAAAGGAAAUUUUAGAAAAAGGCAUAGAAAAUGCCACUUUGCAUAUGGCAACUAGUAAAGCUAAGGCUUCGGAAGAUAAUUAUAAUAUGGAGAGGAAUGUUUCUGACAGAUCUAGUGCUUUCACAAACGUGAGAAAUAAAGCAAACAAUAAUACUUGUACUAAUGGUGGUACAAGUAGGUAUGACAAAAGUGUACUUUUGCCAUCUCCUACAAAAUCUCUUGGUAAUGCCAGCAAAAACACAUCAGAAGAAAGCCUCAGAAGUAACCUUGUGGAAAACAACCCUCAGAGGUCACAUUCCAUGGCAGAAAAAGCUCCACAAAGAAGAAUCAGAUCCACGUUUAGGCUAACUAAUGAUCCACAAACUGGUUCUCUGAAUCAUCCCAGUACCUCCAAAGAUACAAAACUUGGGCAAAAGAAUUCAGUGGUUAACAACAUACAGAAUAGUUCUAGUUGUGAUGAUACAUCUGUUAUGACUAAAGCAGAUCUAGGAUCAAGUAUGCCUUUACCAAGGUACAGAAGCAUUGAGCCCAACAUGUCCAAAGUGCAGACUUCAAAGCCCUUAUUUGCAGGUGAUAAUCGUUACAGAAGUGUAGAGAAAAGCUCUGGGAAAACAGAUUUAUCCAAAAGCUCUUUUCCUCGUUCCCAGUCCACUGGUCAUUCACAAGGACCGGAAGCAAAAUUUGGAAUAUCUCGCCCUAGUAAAUCUGAAGACACCGAGGGAUCACGUGAGUUUGAGGAAGAUGAUUCCUUCUUUGAUACUCUCCUCAGUACCCUUCCUGAAGAUGAGAUUAUUUUUGGUACCCAGAAAAAUUCCAAGGUCCCUGGGGUUCAAAACAGUAAAACACAUUUUGCAAAAGAGAUGGUAACGACUUCCAAAAAUAUGCAUAAUAGCAGUGUGAAUAAUGCUGAAAAGAGUAAAGUAUUUAGUAGAUGGAGUGAUAAAAGAAAGAGUAGUAACAGUUGUGUCAAGGAUAUUAAUGAUCAAAACAGAAAUCCUCAAUCAUCUAAAGUGUUGGGCUCCAGUAGUGUGAACAGCAUCAAAGGUAAUAUGCAGUCAAAAGGACAUUCUGUGCCAGGUAAAAAGAGUAUGACUGCAAGCCCUGCUAAAUCUCCUAGUAUGGGAAUGUCAGCCUUGAAGCUGAGGACUUAUUCAGAAUCCAACGAGGAAAUGGACAGCAUAUCAGCUCUGUGCAAUUCUACUAUUAAGCAAGACUUUCAAGGAACGUCACAUGCUGGUGAUAUAUCGGAUGAUGAUCUCUUUGAGGACGAUGUCUUGUCACUUAUUGAUGAAGUAGAAUCACAGUUUGGGAGUCAGCCAUUAACUUCAGCAGCACCUAGCUCUCAGUCAUCCCAGUUAUCUUUGUCGCAACAAAGCAAGUGUACCUUGGAGGAAAUCGCCAAAAAGAAGGAAGAGGCACAACGCAGAAGGGAAGAGAGGUUGAAGAAGGAAGAGAUGGCUAAAAGGGAAGAACCACACCACUUUAGAGAAGUGGGAGCAGCUCAGUACACUGCAGGAGUAGAAAGAAAGAAGAAUGAAGUAAACUGUCAGGUUGAAGCACUGAAAAAGGAUGCAGCCGUAUGUUUGAGAGAAGAGAAACAAAAGUCAGAGAUAGAAAGACCAAAAGUAGAACCUGUUUCCCUUAGAGAAGAAAGGUCAAAGGUAGAGGAAAUUGCAAAAAAGAGGGAAGAAGCUCAGCGUAGGAAGGCUGAAAAGCUCAAAAUGGAUGAGAUUGCAAGAAAAAAGGAAGCAGCACUAAAGAGGAGGGAAGAACGACAAAGGAGUCGUCAAUUGCACUGUUAUCCCCCUGUGGUGAAAAGGUAGCAUUAUACUCUAGAAAUCUGGCAGAGUUAAACUCUAUAUGUGAGCUACAACAACAAAUUUAUUUAUUCAUGAGAGUACAUCAGCAUAGUUGUGGUUGAAAUGAAAACACAAGUGCAGUUAUGUUGAUCUUAUGUACCUUUAAAUGGCAAAAGCUUUAUUCUUUCCUUGUAGUUUGUUUUUGGCAUUGUAGCUUUUGAAGGAUAAACAGGAGUUGAUAAGGUUACCUUAAUCUGCUUUAUUAUCAUACAAUGGUGUAUUGUGUACAGCUUGUAAAUAUAUGUAUUAUAAGCAAUCAUCCUUAGAAAAAAAUGGUUAUACUGCACAGCACAAGAAGACAUAAAACUGUUUUUAUUAGCGCCAAGUUUUAUUUUAUUCGUAAAAGAAAUGCAGUAUAAAUUUUGGAGUUUUUAAACAAAACCUGACAGAACUAGAAAAUGGUAUGAAAAUGGAAGUUUUUUAUUCCUGAGAUUAUAUAUGGUGGGCCAGCUCAUUGCGUUUUAAGAGAAAAUGUAAUGAGAAAUUAUAUAAAAUUGUCAUCCUUCCUAAAACUGUCAUGUUGAUUUUCUGUAUACUAGAUUGGAAAAUGUUGGUGCCAUAUUGUAGAUCUGAUCUUUUCAUUUGUGACUGAAUGUACACUUUUUCUAUCUUUUCCACACCUUUUAAGUGAUGCCAUUUCUGUACACAUACAUGCAAUUUGUGUUUAUCUUAGAAAACAUUUUCACCUAAAUAUAGUAUAAUGUUUAUAAUUUAUUUAUUGAAUUUUUCUUUUGAGAUAUGUUUAAUUGGGUUAAUGGAAAUCCUUCACAUUGCAUACAUACCACCUUAUCCAUGUUUUAACAUCUGUAAUUUUGUUGAAGUUGGCCUACCUUUUAUGUUUUUGUUUUUUCUGGUUACAUAUUACAAAUGUUGUUUCUGGUGUUUUGUAAAGGUUGCAAUGUAAGCAAAACUAGAAACGGUCUUUUCAUCACCCCUUUAACCCCUGCUGCAUUGCUUUUCUCCCUUUUAUUAAAAAUAAUGUACUUUAACCAGACAGAGUACCUUUUCUAAACUUGCAACACUUUCCUGAAGGUUGGCAUUUUGUGAGAGAGGUGAAAGUAGAAAAAAGAAUAUUAAUGAGGAGCAACUUAGUAGGAAGAGGUCAAAAAGAAGGCAUGGAAAGUAAAAGGCAAACAGCAAUGCAACUUGGGCUGAAGAGGUGCUACAAAGAGCUUUAUUGAUGUGAACAACAGUGGACUUUUCAAGACUUGCUGUAAGCAGUACAGUUCCUUCCUGUGGUACACUGAAGGGGUAAUGCUUUUGUUUCAUUUAUUCAGUUACACAGAUAUGUCCUUGGUUAUAUACUAUUUUACUGGGGAUCCUUACUUCUGCUUUCUCAUUCAUGUUGGGUAUGGUUUAUGUAAGCAUCUUUUCUUGUGUUUUGUUGAAUAUCAGUGUUAUGUUAUAGCCAGUUUUGAUCUUUGUGCGGGUGGAUUUUCUUCCUAAACUGACAAUCUUGGAGAUUUUGCCAUUUUUAAUAUGUGUAUUACAUUGGUGAAGUAUUAUGUGGGCUAAAGUGGAACUCCCAAUUUCAAAAUCUUAAUUAUUAUAUACUGAUUUUGUAAUUUCCAGUAUCUUGCAUACUUUUUUUUUAUCAUGCACUUUUAGGACAAUGAAAAUAUGAACACAACCCCAAACUAAAAUACAAAAGCUUUCUUAAAAUACACUGAUCUCAAAUUAUGAUUAUUUCUUUUGCUGAUCUUAUAUCUAGACUUUUCGUCUUACAUCCAGACUUUUUAUAUAUAACUUGUCUAUGAAAAAGUAUUAUGAAUGAAUUUGACCUACAGUACAUAAAAGAACAAGGUUUUCAUUAAGUUUCUUUCUGCACAAUCCUCAUCAGUGUUCUUCCAUUUUCUUUAUUUUUGUAAGCCAUAAGUGAUUUCAUCAUUAAUUUUCUAAAGGUAAUUUUUAAAAAAACCGAAAUGCAUGGAUGACCAAACCUCCUACUCAGAGUGCUAUUGAAUUACAGAAGCUCACAUUCAUGUUGUGAAAAAAUGUUCGGUAAUGUGGCAGUACCACUGCAUGUUUAUAAUGUAAAUAUUUGUUUGCAAAAUGUUACAGACAAGAUUAAUUAAAGCUUGCUGUAUAUGAUUGAUGUAUAUAUAUUUGUUUACACAGCAGGGCUAUGUAAAAACCAAAACCCUAAAAGGAUGUUUUUAAUAUAGUUUUGUACUCCAUACUCAGAAGUACAUGUACAGUUCUUGCAUGAAUUUGCAAAUAAGAGUAUAUUGUGUAAAAUUAUUUUUCCACUGCUGUAAAAUAUAUUUCUAUUUCCAAA